UGGCCUGCCCGCUAGCCGGUCCAGCUACGAGCGCUGCGGGAGCGGGUCCCAGCUAGACCACGGUCCAGCUCUCCGGUCCGCCGCGCUCCGGCUGGGGUUCUCUGGAGGGGAAGCGCGACGAAGCGACGCGGGCAGCCGGCAGCGGGCGCGGGAAGCCGGGCAGAGGGGUCGAGGCGCGCUGCGCUGCCGCCGCGUCCUCGCCGGGUGCUGCGGGCCCCGGGCGCGCGGGGCUCGGCGGCGCGCGCACUAUGCGGGCGGACUGCCGGCCGCCGCGAUGGCGAGCCGGGCUCCGCUGAGAGCCGCGCACAGUCCGCAGGGUCCCCGAGGCCAGGCCGCGCCCGCCGCCACCGGCCGGGCCCCGCUACCCAGCGCUGGCUGCUGUCCCCUCCCUCCUGGCCGCAACUCCUCCUCCAGGCCUGGGCUGCUCCUGCUGCUGCUCCUGCUGCUCCAGGACGUUGGAGCCCAGCAAGGUGAUGGGUGUGGACACACCGUACUAGGCCCUGAGAGUGGGACACUUUCAUCCAUCAACUACCCGUACAGCUACCCUAACAGCACCGUGUGUGAGUGGGAGAUCCGAGUAAAGAUGGGAGAGAGAAUUCGCAUCAAGUUUGGUGACUUUGACAUUGAAGAUUCUGAUUCUUGUCACCUUAAUUACCUGAAAAUCUUUAAUGGAAUUGGAGUCAGCAGAACGGAAAUAGGCAAAUACUGCGGUCUGGGUUUACAAAUGAAUGGGUCAGUUGAGUCCAAAGGCAGCGAAGUCACAGUGCUGUUCAUGAGUGGAAUCCAUGCUUCUGGACGGGGAUUCUUGGCUUCAUACUCAGUUAUAGAUAAACAAGAUUUAAUCACUUGUUUGGAUAACAUAACUAAAAUUUCGGAACCUGAGUUCAGUAAAUUCUGCCCAGCUGGCUGCCUGCUCCCUUUUGCUGAAAUAUCUGGAACAAUUCCUCAUGGAUACAGAGAUUCUUCGCCACUGUGCAUGGCUGGAAUCCAUGCAGGAGUAGUGUCAAAUGUCCUGGGUGGCCAGAUCAGUGUUGUGAUUAGCAAAGGCACCCCGUACUAUGAAAGCUCCUUGGCCAACAAUGUCACUUCCGUGGUGGGCUAUUUGUCUCCGAGUCUGUUUACAUUUAAGACAAGUGGCUGUUAUGGGACUCUGGGGAUGGAAUCUGGGGUGAUUGCCGACCCCCAGAUAACCGCAUCAUCUGUGCUGGAGUGGACUGACCACAUGGGGCAGGAGCACAGCUGGAAACCGGAGAAGGCCAGGCUGAGAAAAUCUGGGCCUCCGUGGGCUGCUUUUGCCACGGAUGAGCAUCAGUGGCUGCAAAUCGACCUGAAUAAGGAGAAGAAGAUAACAGGUAUUGUAACCACUGGAUCUACCAUGGUCGAACACAAUUACUAUGUGUCUGCCUAUAGAGUUCUGUACAGUGACGACGGGCAGAAAUGGACUGUAUACAGAGAGCCUGGUGUGGAGCAGGACAAGAUAUUUCAAGGAAACAAAGAUUAUGACAAGGAUGUUCGUAAUAACUUUUUGCCACCAAUUAUUGCACGUUUCAUUAGAGUGAACCCUGUCCAGUGGCAACAGAAAAUUGCCCUGAAAGUGGAACUGCUUGGAUGUCAGUUUGCUCUCAAAGGCCGUCUUCCAAAGCUUACUCAGCCUCCUCCACCUCGGAACAGCAAUAACCUCAAGAACACAACAGCUCAUCCCAAACUAGGUCGUGCCCCUAAAUUUACUCAAGUACUUCAACCUCGAAGUAGGAAUGACCUUCCUGCACAGACAGCACAGACAACUGCCACUCCUGAUAUAAAAAAUACGACCGUAACUCCCAAUGUAACCAAAGAUGUCGCACUGGCUGCCGUUCUUGUUCCUGUGCUGGUCAUGGCUCUCACCACGCUCAUCCUCAUUUUAGUGUGCGCGUGGCAUUGGAGAAACAGAAAGAAAAAAACUGAAGGCACCUAUGACUUACCGCACUGGGAUCGGGCAGGUUGGUGGAAAGGCGUGAAACAGUUUCUCCCUGCCAAAUCCGUGGAACAUGAGGAGACGCCAGUUCGCUACAGCAAUAGUGAAGUUAGUCACCUGAGCCCGAGAGAAGUCACCACAGUGCUCCAGGCUGAUUCUGCAGAAUAUGCACAACCCCUCGUGGGAGGAGUCGUGGGCACGCUCCAUCAGAGAUCCACCUUUAAACCUGAGGAGGGAAAAGAAGCAGGCUACGCAGACCUGGAUCCCUACACCUCUCCAGUGCAGGAAGUGUACCACGCCUAUGCGGAACCGCUGCCCAUCACGGGGCCUGAGUACGCAACCCCGAUCGUCAUGGACAUGUCAGGGCACCCCACAGCCUCAGUUGGUCUGCCCUCCACGUCUACUUUCAAAACAGCAGGGAACCAACCUCCUCCCGCUUUAGUGGGAACUUACAACACACUUCUCUCCCGGACUGACAGCUGCUCCUCGGGCCAGGCUCAGUACGACACCCCGAAAGGUGGGAAGCCAGCCGCUGCCCCAGAGGAACUGGUGUACCAGGUGCCACAGAGCACCCAGGAAAUAUCAGGAGCAGGAAGGGAUGAGAAGCGUGAUGCUUUGAAAGAAAUCCUUUGAAGGUGGUGCUGCUUUUGACGAAGCAUCCAUUUAAAGCACAUGGCUUUUUAAUCCGUAGUGUAGUGAUAGUAGAAUGUAUUAUGUAUCUGUCACUGACGUGGUUAGGGGAAUGUGGUGACCGAGGUACAAGAAACUACUUACCUUGCCAUCUUGCUUUAAAGGUGUUACUGUGUGGCACAGUUCCUGCUUGCCUGUUACACUUCAAACAUCCUGUUUGUUACUACUGUAAGACACUAUUUUUAAUACCGAAAAAGCUCCCUAUAAUGCACUUCAAAGAACCUGAGAAUCACUGAGUAUUUAUUACCAAUGCUGCAGGUACAUUAAUGAACUUGAGAUGGUUCUGUAAGCCUUGCUGGCAAUAAUGCAUGGUACUGUUCUUGAAAUUAUCAAAUGGCUUGAAAUUCUCCCUUUGUGAAAGGUAGGUACUAUCAUGUUCUCCUCUUUCAACCCUGUAUUCCUGUCUGCAAUCUUUUCUCCUCAACAGCGGUCCAUAACCAUCGUCAUAGCUGCAGGCGUGUGCACUGCUCUGUAUUUCCCUAGGAAGGUGCAUAGCUGGAGCACAUGGCCUUGCAGUACGCUGGGUGACUGACUUCUCCUUUGGUAACACUCUUUUAACACCAGGUGGCUCAGGACCUGGUCUCGCCUCUGCUCAUCCCACCCAGGACCAUUUGUGGCCUCAUUCUAUCCUGUGUUUAUAAAUGCUGGUGGUCCCUUUCAGUAGGCAGUCUUUAGGUCUUCUUCCCAUGGAAAUGGGGGAGAAGCCACUUGGUCCCUCCACUCCCCUCUGCAGAGAUAUAUAAAAAUUGAAGGGAGACUAAACUUAGUUAACCUCCUUGAUUUUAUUUACAUACAAGCCCAAAUACAAAAAUUUUCUCUGAGUCCCAAGGUAUUUUAUAAUUUUUAUCAUAAUUUGUUUCUAUUUUCUUCAGUAAACUAUUACAAGAAAAAGAAAAAACCAGUAUGAACCAGACCUGAUGGCUCAGGCCUGCGAUCCUAAGACCUGAGAGGCUGAGGCAUUAGGAUCCCAAGUUCAGUGCUUUGAAGUCUAACUUCAGGAUGAACCCAGGCUACUCAUAAAAUCCUGUCUCAAAAUAAGAAAGGGGCAGGGAUAUUGUCUUAGUGGUUUGUGCUUGCCUACAGUAAAUGUGAGGCCCUAGAUUCAGUCCUAGUACUAAAAAGAGAAAAGAGGGUCAACAUGCAUUCUUCAGUUGUGUCUAAUUCUGUGGAGAGAGGCCUAAGUGUCAGACCUGGUUGACCAGUGUCAUCACUUUUGAACUGACACGAUUCUCCCCAGCAGCUUGUCACUGUUUGAGCAUAACCUGCCCAGACUCGUGUCAGAUAGGGUUGAUUAGAUAUUAUAAUGGGUUAGCCUACAGUGCAGAAACCACCUUCUCAUAUCUGUAGGCUGGCAAGAUAACUGAAGAAGCCCAUCAGAUGUAGACAUAAAAUUCCGUAUCCCUGUCCACAAACCUGUUGGUUGGCUUAGUUGUAAAGUAUAUCAGGCCAUCAGGUCCUGGCCUUUUUCCUCAGCUUAUACCAUCCAGGUUCUGCAUUGCUGAACUUUACUAAAUUUGGAUAGUGGUAGCCAGUAUUGACUCUGCUCCCUUCCACAAGUACAUCAGUAUUUUAAAACAUUGCUUCAGAAACAGAGUUGUCUGUUUCUGCAGGUUCCCUGCCUUUGCCCCUAAUAUGAUUUUUUUUUUAUUGUAAUUUGCCUUUUGUUGAGGCACAAUUUCAUUCAUUGAAAAAUCAAUGCAUAUUUUGUUUCAAGGUAAUGAAGCAAAAAGCACAGAUAUUAAACUCGUACUGAAACAUUUGAGAAUGUGUAAAGCACACGGUGCAGUUGUCCCUUUUCAGGUGGGAGCAAAGUAAACGAUUUGCUGUUUUAUUUUUAUUCAUGCUUAGUAGGCAGAGUAUAGUUUUCUUGGAGUCCGAUUCCCAUUGGAAGCUUUAAGAGAGACAUUUUGAAGAUGAAGUCAUUUUCCCAAAGAAGCUUGCUAUUUUGUGUAACUGUGUCUCAGAUCAUUUUCCCCAGAACGUUCUUAAAAUAAAGCUAGGCCAUGUUCUCGUAUGAUGCAUAUUGUAAGACUUGAUUCAUAUUGCCACUGUGCUGUCUUCAGCUCUACCAAUGGUUUUCAUAAAAUACCUGGUUAUUUUUAUAUUUUUUUUUACUUUGCAGAUGAGCUGAGCCUAAUUCAAAUGAUUUUCUCUGGUUUUGUAUUUUUGUUUAUGUAAUAUAGAUUGUUUUUGGUUCUCAGUCACUUACAUGUCUGAUACAGAGCUUUGGAAGACAAUCAAGUAAAAUGUGAAAGGAACCUUUUCUUGACCAAACUCUUGAUUUUUUUUUAAUUGUUAGCUUGAAAUACUCAAUACUUAAGUCACUGUGGUUUUAUUCAGUUUUCCUUUUCCUGAUAAUACAAUUAUAGAAAUAUAUAGUCAGCAGUGUGGCAAGUGUGACCUUUGGAGGUUUCAGAAAAUUAUACUGACUUGGCUGUUACUUGAUCUUUGGAAGCAGCACAGAGAAAGAUGUUAACUCUGGUUUGCAUUUUAUCAAAUGCUGUUCGUAGAUCCAGAUAGUUCCUGUUGAAUGUGCCAGGUCUAGUCCAGUUAUUUCAUUCAUGUUUCACUGUUUGCACUUUGCAUUGAACAAUGGGUUUAUUCGCUGUUCACUGAGAGAAUUUAUACAGUCAUGACGGUUAUGAUGUGUUCUACGUCUGUGCAUCUCCUCUCCCUGUCCCAGCGACGAAGUAUUAAAUAUGGUUGUGGCCACAGAGCUGUGGUCAGGGAUUGAGCGAGAGCUUCUUUGCCUUGGCUCCACAUUAUCACCUGGGGAGUAGAAAACUAAAGCAGACAAGACCACUAGAAAGAACCCAGAGACUAUGGGGGAUUAAUGAAGCUCUGUAGAGGAGCUGUUAAUUCUGCCUUUUGGUUUUGAACUUGAAAAGUCCCUAAACUGCAAACCUAGGGGGUUGGGUGGUUAGAGAGUUAGAGAAUGUUUUAAGUUCACUGUGGCACCGAUUCUUAUUUAGUCCAGCUUGUGUGUAGUUUCCCUUGUUUUCCACUUUUGGCACUGGGAAUGGUAAAAAUAAAACAUGUAUUGCAAUACAGAGGAAGUGAAAAUGGCUUGACUUUCGGUUAUAUUCUCCCAGAAUGUAUUUUCUUACCUCGGCAUGUACUGUAGUCACUUGAUAUUUGUAUAUGUUGCUAGAAUUUAGGCUGUUGGAAAUAGUGAGAUUCUAAUGUGUUUUUAAUAAAUUAUAUAUGUGUGUCUUGCUCAGA